AUGGGUCCUUCACGCACCGUCGCACCCAAGGCAUCUGGCCGUGGUGGCAAGACCGCGAAGAACGCAAAGGUUACCAAGAAGUACACCAUCAACUGCAGCCAGCCUGUCAGCGACAAGAUCUUCGAUCUGUCGGCGUUCGAGAAGUUCCUGCACGACCGCAUCAAGGUCGAGGGCCGCACCAGCAACCUCGGCGACAAUGUGCAGAUCUCCCAGGUCGGCGACGGCAAGAUCGAGGUCGUCACCCACAUUCCUUUCUCCGGUCGCUACUUGAAGUACCUGACCAAGAAGUUCCUCAAGAAGCAGCAACUCCGUGACUGGCUCCGUGUCGUGUCAACUAGCAACGGUGUCUACGAGUUGAGAUUCUUCAACGUCGUCAACGACGAGGGCGACGAGGAUGAUGAGUAG